CGAGGCCGCACGAGCCGCCGGCGGUUCGUAUUACCGGGGUCGGGAGGAGGAGCCCAGCCGGGCCCGCGGACCAGCGCCGGGCGGGCGGGAGGCGCGGAGGAGGCGGGCGGGAAGCCCGGGGCUGCGAAUUGGGGCAGGGGCGCCCUCCCACCUCUGCCGCCCUCCGUUCGGGCCUUGGCGGCCUGGCCUCACCUGCCCGGAGGCCUGGAAGCCACCAGUCGCCGCCGAGGGCCAGUCCCCGGGGCCGGCGGAGCGUGGAGGUGCGGACGCGAGGCGCGGGCCUCCGCGCGGAGGCCUGGACUGCGCGGCCAGGUGAUGGUGGGCCCCUGUGCUUCUCCAGAGGAAAGGGGACCCCCAGAGCAGCUCUGCCCCCGGGCUGCCCCAGCAAGGCGUUUGGACAUCAGCCCUAGGGAAGUCGGGCAGCUGUGAGUUUGCCUGUCUCCGUUAAGUGUCCUUAGGAUGCAGUGAUUAAGGAAUCAGGCUCUCCCUGCGGGAGGGGCCCUGCCUGCGCUGGUGAACUCGGGGCAGAGAAAAAGGACAGAAUGAUGCUUUCCGAGCAAGCCCAAAAGUGGUUUCCGACCCACGUGCAGGUCACAGUGCUCCAAGCCAAAGAUCUUAAGCCGAAAGGCAAAAGUGGUACCAAUGACACAUACACUAUAAUUCAGCUGGGCAAGGAAAAGUACUCCACCUCCGUAGCCGAGAAAACCCUUGAGCCAGUCUGGAAGGAAGAGGCCUCUUUUGAGCUGCCUGGUUUGCUAAUGCAGGGGAAUCCAGAGAAAUACAUCCUUUUCCUCAUAGUUAUGCACAGGUCCCUGGUGGGUCUGGAUAAGUUUUUAGGGCAGGUGGCCAUCAAUCUCAAUGACAUCUUUGAGGACAAACAAAGAAGGAAAACAGAGUGGUUUAGUUUAGAAUCCAAACAAGGAAAAAGAGCCAAAAACAGGGGUGAGAUAAAGGUCAAUAUUCAAUUUAUGAGGAACAAUAUGACAGCAAGUAUGUUUGACUUAUCAAUGAAGGACAAAACAAGAUCUCCUUUUGCAAAAUUAAAAGAUAAGAUGAAAGGUAGAAAAAAUGAUGGGACAUUUUCUGAUACAUCUUCUGCAAUCAUUCCAAGUUCUCACAUGCCUGAUGCCAAUACUGAAUUUUCAAGUAGUGAAAUACAGAUGAAAUCUAAACCAAAAAAGCCUUUCCUUUUGGGUCCUCAGCGACUCUCUUCAGCGCAUUCAAUGUCUGAUUUAACUGGGGCCCAUGUAUCCUCGGAGAAGCUGAAGUCUGGCACCGUUGCUCAAACGCAUCUUCUCGGACACCAGAUAGGUUCCUUUGGAGCAGUUCUGGAAAGUGGAAGUCUCAGAUCUCCACACAGAAGAACAUUAAGCUUUGAUACUUCUAAAAUGAACCAACCUGACAGCAGUGUGGGUGAAGGUGAAUCGUCUUUCGGAAGACAAAACGACCCAUUUACAAAUGUGACUGCUUCAUUACCCCAAAAAUUUGCAACACUGCCAAGGAAGAAAAAUCCAUUUGAAGAAAGCAGCGAAUCAUGGGACAGCAGCAUGAAUUUAUUUUCAAAAUCAACUGAAGUAAGAAAAGAAAAUAAAAGAGAAAAAAGGGAGAAAGUUAGCCUGUUUGAAAGAGUGACUGGAAAAAAAGACAGCAGAAGAUCUGAUAGACUUAACAAUGGGGGAUCUGAUAGCCCUUGUGACUUGAAAUCACCUAAUGCGUUUAGUGAAAAUCGUCAGGACUAUUUUGAUUAUGAGUCAACUAAUCCGUUUACAACAAAAUUCAGGGCUUCAAAUAUAAUGCCAUCUUCAAGUUUUCAUAUGAAUCCGACAAGUAAUGAAGACCUCAGGAAAAUCCCGGACAGCAACCCUUUUGAUGCCACUGCAGGCUAUCGUAGUCUGACCUAUGAGGAGGUACUGCAGGAGCUGGUAAAACACAAAGAGCUCCUUAGGAGGAAAGACUCCCACAUCCGGGAGCUGGAGGACUACAUCGACAACCUCCUUGUAAGGGUGAUGGAGGAGACGCCCAGUAUUCUCAGAGUGCCGUACGAACCGUCCAGGAAAGCUGGCAAGUUCUCCACUAGUUAAUAAGCCAAUGGUACUGCAUUUAUAAUUGGGGAAAAAAGAAAGGAAGAAAGAGAAAAAAAGGAGGAAAAGCUUGUUACUGAGAGAGACCGCGCUAUCAGGUUUCAUUACAUACUCUCCUGCAUUGUGAAGAACUGUUUCACCUGUAAAUAUUAGCAGGGACUAGCAAGAGUGACCUUUGAAGUGAGCUAAAUAAUUUAAACCUUUAAAGUGAAAAUGGGCCAGAUUCUCGUGAACAAGCAGUUCCUUAGGAUUCACUUAGGUGCUGGUGCCGGCCCACUAAUCUGCCAUAGGCCUAGAAGUAUCUUCAGAAGUACGUGACUUAUUCCUCAGGAACAGAUUUCUCAUCAACAGAACUGAUACUGUGGUUGGUUUCUCAGAAGUCAGUUUGUACAGAUUUAGCUGCAGGAAUACUGCUCAUUAUAAACACUACUCAAAAAACAGCUCAUAUUUUAUAUACAUAUAUGUACGUGAAUAGUCUGUUCAUGUAUCUUUGUAUAUAAAAUACAUGCAUAUACCUCAUAUAUACAUGUGUUUUUAGAACAUUUAAAGAGAACUGGUUGCCUCUAAAAUUAGGAUACCAAUUAGGAUUUCUUAAUUUGAAAAUGUAUGUGUGCUCUAUCAAUGCAAAACAAAUCAUCAUUGCUGCUAUAAUGGUUUGUUACACAGAAGCUGCUUCAAAUCACUCUUGACUAUGUGAACCUUGGUUUCAAAAUAAGCUGCUACUAUAUAUUAUUCCAGCGUCAAAUCUUUUCUCUUUUUCCAAAAGUAAUGAUCUAAAGCCCCUUUUUAAAGAACGAUGUGUUUUAGGAAACUUGAUUAACCUUGCAACAGCAUGAAUUUCUUGAAUUAAUUUUUUAUCUUAAUAUUUGAGUUUUGUUUGAGCUAUAAGCGGAAGAUAAGCAAAUGUGAUUUGUUGAGAUUCUGAAUGUCUUUAAAAUAUUCAGUACUAGCAAAGAAAAUAUUAGGAAGUUAUAUCUGAAGAUAAUUUGGAGGUGGGGGGAAGUAGGUGAUCAUGCUGAUGCCUGAUAACCCAAAGCAAUGAACAAAUUCUAGGAAUGAAGAAUUAGGCUUGGUUUCAAGUUACAUAAAUAAUGGAACAGAUGGUUGCAUUUGGUUUCUGAACCAAAAUAAGAGUUGCUAAAGGAGGGGCGAGUUUCUAGAAUAGAUCUUUACUGGCACGACAUUUUACACUAUUCUGCAGCCACCCUGUAAGAGUAAAUCAAUAUUACAGAAUUGUGUCAGCUUUGUUUUUAAGUCUGCUCCCCAAAAAUGUUGACUACUCUCACGAAUUUUCUUUAUAUAUUUGUACAGAAUUAGUCUUUAAAGUGAAAAUGAUAUAAAAAUAUUACUAAUCAUCUGCUGAUUUUUUAACUUUAAAAGUCUGAAAUCCAUACUAUGAAAUACUGAAUCUGUGUUUUCUAAAGGAAAUUUAAGAUGAAAAAUUCACCUGUAUAUGGAGACAUAUAGUCCCCAAUCUUUUACCAAAUGCAUUUCUGUCUAAUAUUUAUCUCUACUAAGACUUCAUUGAGAGUUAAAUACAAAGCACAUAUAAUAGUUUUGCUCAGUUUAAUAUUUUGAAUCAGAUAAUACUUGGCCAAGCUUAUA